AUACUCAACUAUUCAUGACAUUAUAGGGGAGAAAAACGUGCAAUGAAAAUUAAUUACAGUAACACUAAACAAUAGAACGACCACUAGUAUCUAUUUAGCUUGCGUAAUUUAUUAAAGGUGCAAUUGUUUUCAGUCUAUAAAGGAACAAAUCAGAUAUAAACUGAAUCACUCGUCAUUUUUCAUCUUUAUCAUUGCUUUACAGUCUGUAAAGAAAUUUAAAAAAAUACAUACAAAUAUGAAGGGAUUGAUUAUAUUAGUUGGUCUUGUUAUGUUGAGUUUUUCGGUGGCUGAAGAAUAUACAGACAGAUAUGACGACAUCAACAUAGAUGAGAUAUUGCAGAACAAAAGAUUACUAACGUCGUAUAUGAAGUGCGUGUUAGGCCAAGGACGCUGCACUCCUGAAGGAAAAGAAAUUAGAGUUCACUUACAAGACGGUAUGCAAACUGGAUGCAGUAAAUGUACUAAAACUCAAAAAAUAAAGGCGCGAAAAGUGGUAAACCAUCUCCGGAAUCACGAACACCAAUUUUGGGAAGAUCUCAAAAAGAAAUUCGAUCCCGAGAACAAAUUCAAGCCAACUUACGAAGCAUUCCUCGCUUCUGAAGAUUUUUUACAGAUGAUUUCGAAAUCGUGCCUGGUCAUCAGUUGUCUGCUAGUGGCAGUGAUAGCCGACGAGAAGUAUACGUCCAAAUAUGACAAUAUUAACAUAAAGGAAAUUCUGGAAAAUAAACGAUUGCUAUACGGACACACUGACUGUAUGCUCGAUUUGGGAAAAUGCACCCCCGAAGGAAAGACAUUAAAAGAUAAUCUUGGAAAUGCUCUUGAGACUGGAUGCAAUAGAUGCACCGAUAUUCAAAAAACUAGAUCAUCAGAAGUUAUAGAGCACUUGAUCAAACAUGAACGUGAUAUUUGGAACAAGCUGACUGCCAAGUAUGACCCUGAAGGAGUUUGGAGGAAGAAGUAUGAGACCCAGGCCAAGGCAAAUGGCAUUGUCAUACCACAAGAUUAAGAUCGGUGUCAGCCAGGGUUGAAAAAAAAAAAAUAU